AUGCAGGACUUUGUGAGUCGCAAGUAUCUGGUGUUUGCAGCGGUGGAGGAGCAGCUCACCAACGCCAAGAUCCAUGUCAUUGAGGCGGCACGGGUCGCAAGAGAGACCAACCGCAUCCUCGUCCUCCCAAAGGGCGGCCACAGCCAUCUGUCGCUGGGUCGAUCCAUGCCCAUGUGUGCCUACUGCGACUUGGCUCACCUCAACGACACGGAGUGGGUCUCCCCCGAGUUCUUCCUUCUCCUCGCCCGAGCUGCCUUUAUCCACCCCUCUGUGGGAUAUCUCUGCGUCGACACGCCUGAGCUCGGCCGGCCCUGCUUCGGCACAAAGGAGAUUAUUCGAAGCCUGGGGGCGUUGCUGACCCUGGGCAUGGGUCAGCUUCCCUCGCGGACCACCACUGUCAGGCUGCACAUGCCUGCUCGCCCCGACCAGAUCCGCUCGCUGGUCCAUGCGUGGGCUGACAAGGACGUGGUGAUCUACUCCAAGAACACGUUUGACCGCUUUGACAGGGCAACAGAUGACAUUGCACAUGAAGUCAUGCCCUAUGCGAAGCAGUGGCACGCUGUCGAGCCGCUCGUUGUCCCCGCUUCCGCCACUUCUGCCUCCGCCGCCGCCUCCGCCUCCGCCGCUUCCGCCACCUCCGCCACUUCCACCAUUUUCGCAACUUCCUCCGCUUCCACCGAUUCCGACACCGCUUCCGCUCCGUCCUCCCCGCUCUCCGAUACCUUCCAUCCGGCCAGCGACUGGGAUAGCAGCAGCGCCUGCAGCAGCCCAGAGCGUGAUUCCGCCGCAGAUCUCGCUGCGAAGACGACGACGACGAGCGCGACGACUCCGGCCGACGGCGCGCGCGUGGCAUCGCGGCUCGUGCUGCAUCAGGUGGUGCAGCCGUCCGUCGCGCCGCCCGACCUUUUCAAGCGGUGCAUCCACAUCGUUCUGCAGAUGGCUACUAAAGACGUCCUUAAAGUUUUCCAGCGCGAAGCCGCGGCGAUUAGGAACAGCAAGGGGCAGGAGCAGGAGAUGCAGGGAGGAGAGAACAAGAAGAAGCAAGGAGCUGACGUAAAGGCCGCUGCUGCUGCGGGGGCCAUGGCUGGCGCGGUUGCCGGCGCGGUUGCGGGAGCUGCUGCUGGCGUCGCUGUCGCGAAGAACGCGGAAUCCAUCUGGCUCGCGUCGCGCGUCUAUAAGCUCGUGAAGGGCAAGGCUUAA